ACAGACCAAUCAGAAACGCGGAAUCAGGCGCACGCGACCUCUCCGGUUCUGAACUGCGCUGUUUGACGUCGCAGAGCCGCUAGUUUGGCUAACAGUUUGUUAGCAUUUUUUAGUGGGAAGACAUGGCGACGGCUUUGCAGCAAGUGUUGGAGAGGAAUGAGAUAACCAGACUGACCAAAACCGCUCAGAACAAACUCGAGAGGUUUCUCACGGGGAAGCAGACGGAGUUGGAGGCGCUCAGGACAAGCCAUGAGAGCUAUAAAGCGGACUGCGAGCAACAGUCAGCCAGCACUGAAAAGAAAAUGAUGGAGCUGCAGGAACAGCUCGUGUCCAACAGUAAAGAAUGCGAGACUCUUAAGGAGGAGAACGGCCGACUCACUGAAGAACUCAAGAAACUAAAAGCAGCUGAUGAUGAAGAAGAAACAUUGCAGCAGGAUAAACCCCCAAAAGCCAAAUAUGAGAUUGAGGCAGAAAACAGAGAGCUGUCCCGCUUGCUCGAGAAGAAAUCACAGGAGAUGGAGAAUCUCACUGAGGAACUUAAGCGUGUCAGUGAGAAACUGGAAGAAACCAGCACAGUGAAGAUGGAGCUUCAGCUGAAACUGGAUGAGCUCCAGUCAUCCGAGCUCUCUAUUCAGCAUCGAGAGAAGCGGAUGGAGCAAGAGAAGGAGCUUCUUCAGAACCAGAACACGUGGUUGAAUUCUGAGCUGAAAAGCAAGACGGAUGAGCUUCUCACCGUGACUAAAGAGAAAGGCAUAGAGAUCCUGCAGCUGAAGUGCUCUCUGGAGAGCAAGAACGAUGAGGUGACCAGGCUUCAGGAGGAAGUCAACACGCUGAAGAGAGCAAGUGAAAACCUGCAGAAGACGACAGAGACUUUGAUGGCCAAACUGAAGGAGGAGAAAGAUCAGCGCAUUGCCAUGGAGGAAAAAUAUCGCAAUGAGCUGAAUGCAAACAUGAGACUCUGCAAUUUAUACAAGAGCGCAGCAGCCGACUCUGAGGCCAAGAACGCAGAACUCAACAGAGGUGUGGAGGAGCUUAACAAACUGCUAAAGAAAGCAGUGGAAACUAACAAAAGUUCUGAGAAGAAACUCUCUGAGCUGGAGGACUCCCAGGGUAAAGUGGAGGCCGAGCUGCAGGAGAAGAUUAGAAAUUUGGAGAAAGAGGUGGAGAAUGCCAACACACGCCUUGCAGACUUCAAGCGGAGAGGAGUUCCUGCUCUCACUGAAGAGGACCUGACCAAGUUGUCUCCAACAGCAGCUGUAGUGGCCAAGAUUGUGAAACCUGGCAUGAAGCUUAUGGAGCUGUAUAACGCAUUUGUGGAGGCUCAGGACCACCUGCAACUGGAGAAGCUGGAGAACCGGCGCAUCAAUAAGGCGCUGAAUGAGGUCAGAUCAGAAUUGGAGCGUAAGACAUCCGUAAUGAAGAGGCAGAGGGAGGAGCACGAGAACACGCAGAAGUCCAUGAACAGCCUCAGCUUAAAACUAGAGCAAGCCAUGAAGGACAUGAACAAACUACAGGAAGAAACUAAUGAGGUGAAUAAGCGAGACUCGUUGCUGGAGAAGGAGAAUCAGAGGGCAAGGAAACAGAUAGCAGACUUGUCUCAGCAGGUGCGUGUGUUGCUGGUGGAGCUGGAGGAGGCGCGAGGGACCAAAGUGGUGCGAGAGGAGGUGAACUCUGCUGUAAGCAGCAGCUCUGAGGUUCAAGGCCCACGCCAGGUGGCCUUCCGCAGUGUGGAGGAGCUCCAGCAGCAAAACCAGAACCUCCUAAUCCAGAUACGAGAGCUGGAGGAGCAGCAUGAGAAGAGCACAACUGAGGCAAAGAUUGCUAGGCAGACAGAGUUUGAGCAGAGGCUGGAGAAGGCACAGAAGGAGUUGGAGCUCUUGAAGGAGCAGAGGAACCAGCAGAAGCAGGUCGCUGACUCGGCCAUAAGGCAGAGAGACAUGUACCGCAUCCUGUUACAGAUGGCUGGGGUCGACCUUCCUCCACAGGGCUCAGAGGGUGGCUCUGAGUCCUCUACUCCCAGCAAACUUGUGGUCACGCCCACUCGAGCCACUACAAGCCAGUCUGUAGCUUCAGAGGUGGCUCAGGCCAUACAGACUAAAGUGGCUUUCAAACAGCUAAAUGAAGCCUUUGCAACCUAUAAGAAAGAGAAGGCAGAGAAUGACAAGCUUCUGAAUGAGCAGAAUGAACGCCUGCAGGGUCAGGUGUCUGACCUAAUCUCCCAGAAGGCCAAACUCUCCUCUCAGCUUGAAUUUGCCUCUAAGAGGUAUGAGAUGCUUCAGGAAAGUCUUAACAGCUACAGGAGAGAGAUCAACUCCCAACGGGAGAAGAUUCAGAAGCUCUCUGCCACAUCUCAGAAAUAUGAGCAGAUCAUUCACACCAUGACACAGGAUCUGAGGGAAGCCAACGAGAAACUAGCGGUAGUUGAGGUGCGAUGUGACAACCUGCGUAAGGAGCGUGACAUUUUGAAGCAAGCGGAGAGCCGACUUAACCAGGAGAAGGAGUCCAUCCUGGCUGAGCAGCGUGGACAGAACCUGUUGCUCGCCAACCUAAAGUCCAUCCAGCUAACGAUGGAGCGCUCGGAGGCGGAUACCAGACAGCGCUAUGCUAACCAGAUUAUGCAGCUGGAGAAGGAGAUCGCUCAGCUGAAGAAGAGAGUUGAACAGGAGGUAGAACAGAGGCACGCUGUGGAGCGCAAUCAAGAUGUUCAGCUAGUGGAGGCUAAGAAGCAGCUGGCAGCUCAGAACGCUCUGCACCAGAAGACCAAGGAGCUUCUGAAGAGCACUGAACAGCAGGUUUCCACUCUGAGACAGCAGCUGAACAACUCAGAGAAUCAGAAUGGCAAACAGCCUGUUAAAACGUCAUCCAGCGCUGAAGCUCCUGGUGUUCCUGAACAGGAGGUGGAAGAGUUGCGUGCACGUCUGCAGCAAACCGAGGACCAGAACUCAGAUCUGCAGGAGCGCCUGAAGAGCGCACAGAGCAACCUAGAAGAAUACAGGACCAUGGUCCUCAGCCUGGAAGACUACAUCAGCAAGGAUAAACAGGCACUUGAAGAGGCGCGCUUAUCCAUAGAGAACCAACUGAAGGAGGCCCAGGAGCUUAACAGGCAGUUGGAGGACCGGAUGGCUGAGACAGAAAGGGAGAAGCAGGAGCUGCACGAGGAGAAGCUCAAGGCUGUGGAGAAUGUAGAGAAACACGUAAAAGAGCUGAAACAUAGUCUGACAGAAAUGCAGACAGAGCUGCAAGAUGCACUACAGAGAGCAACAUCCGCUGCAGCCAAAGAGCAACAAGCCACACAGGACAGCCAGCAGCAGGCUAAGCUGGCCAUAGAGGCACAGAAUAAGUAUGAACGGGAGCUUAUGCUGCAUGCUGCUGAUGUGGAGGCUUUACAGGCUGCUAAGAAACAGGCCCAAGAGGCAGCAAAGAGCCUCAGAGAGAUGGAGGAGAAGGUCCAAAAGGCCACUGUUGAGCUCCAACAGGGUCGUACGGAAUGGGAGCAGCAAGAGAAAAGCCUAAAGGAGGAGCUGGUGAAACAGGAGCAGCGUGUAGAAGACUUUCAGAAACAGAACAAAAUGCUCCAUGAACAGAUGGAACAGUUGAGUGUUAAAAUGGCUGCCACUGUUCAGGAGCAGGCAGCCAGUGAGGGCAUUCUAAACGUUUCUUUUAACGAGGAGGACAAAACUCAGGAGCAGAUCCUUGAGAUCCUCAGGUUUGUGCGUCGGGAAAAAGAGAUAGCUGAGGCUCGGUUUGAGGUUGCUCAGGUAGAAACACAACGGUACCUGCAGCGCAUGGAGCACCUAGAGAAAGAGCUGAAGGAGGUCCAGGACUGCCUGACAGCUGAGCGAGACAAACUACAGAUGACUACAAAGGCCAUGGCUCAACAGGAGGACAAACUGAAAAGGCUGGAGAGCUUGAAUGCUUUGACUGAGACCAACAAGAUGCUGAAGGAGGAGAAGAACCGGUUGGAGCAGGAGCUGCAGCAGAACCGGGCCAAGAUGGUUAAGCUGGAGGUGGACAUGAGGCCUCUGCAGGAGAGCAAUGCUGAGCUGAGUGAGCAGAAUGGCAUGCUGCAGGCCGAGAAGCGACUUCUGGAGGAGGAUGUUAGACGCUGGAAGAAUCGCACUCAGCAACUGGUGAGCCAGCAGAAAGAUAGCAAUCAGGAGGAAAGUAAGAAGCUCCAAACAGAGAAGGAGGCCCAAGUCAAACGCAUCCAGCAGCUCACAGAGGAGACGGCCAAACUGAAGAGCGAGCUGGCCAGGGCAAACGCAUCUGUGUCUGCAUCACAGAAUCAGGGUCAGAACCUGAGGGAGAAUGUGGGAAAACUCACCACAGAGAGAGACAAUCUGAAGAAGGAGCUGGAAGCCAAGACUCUGGACAUCCAGGAGAAGAUCAAAACCAUCACACAGGUCAAGAAGAUCGGCCGCCGGUACAAAACCCAGUACGAGGAGCUUAAGGCCCAGCAUGACAAGAUGGUUGCAGAAUCAGCUGGUAAACCUGCACAAGCGGAGGAAGCACUGAUAGAGGCACAGCAGGCCUCAGUGCAGGAGAUCCAGAACCUGAGAACAUCCCUGAACCAGGCCCAGAGUAGAGCCACGGACCUGGAGGGACAAGUGGACAGCAUGCAAAAGGCAGCAGGGGAGAGGGAGGCUGAGGUGAAGAGUCUGCAGGAGCAACUCGCUCAGAUCCAACCAGAGCUGACACGUCUCCGUACAGAGCUUCAGGAGAAGAGCAGUCAGGAGGACCAGCUAAAACAGCAGAACUCUGAGAAAGAGGAGAAGACCAGGAAAGCCAUCUUGGUAGCAAAGCAGAGGAUCAGCCUACUCAACAGUGCAAAAGAAAAGCUGACUAAGGAGAAUGAGGAGCUGAAGCAGCAGCGAGAGGAGUUGGAGGUGAGGAUGAGCGCACUGAAGUCUCAGUAUGAAGGGCGGCUUAGCCGUCAGGAGCGGGAGCUGAGGGAGCUGCGCGAGCAGCAGGAAAGACAUGGAGAACAGCGAGACGAGCCUCUGGAUCAGGGACCAAGCAAGGCUCAGGAGCAGCAGAGGCCAUCUGAAAGCAGACAGAUCACGCUGAAGCCCACACCUGCUGCUGACAGAGGAAGUGCUAGCACCAGUGAGCCACCUACAGCUAACAUCAAGCCCACUCCUGUAGCUGGAGCAGCCAGCAAACCUUCAUCCAUUCAAGGCAGCAAGGCCACACCAAGAGCAAGCAUCAGACCAAUGAUAACACCUGCUCCGGUUACCACACCAACUCCGACUGCCACAGUCAUGCCCACAGCACAGACAGAGACACAGGAGGCUCUGCAGCCGUCUGAGGCUCCGGUUGAACACGUGACUGUGUUUGGGAGUGGCUCUGUGCGUUCCACCAGCCCAAAUGUUCAGAGCACUCAGUCAAUCAUCACACUGCAGCAGAGCCAAGCCACGGCCUUUGUCCAGCCCACCCAACAGCAGGCCAGUCAGGAGCCAGCAGCACCCAUGGUGGAGGCAGUGCACAGCUCGCAGAUGGAAAGACCGUCCACCUCCACUGCUGUGUUUGGCACAGUGUCUGCGAGUGCAGGUUCAUCUCUGCAGAAGCGUGUACGAGAGGAGGAGCUAGAAAGCACCACUGAGGUGACAGAGAGCACACAAGAUGACCUUAACGACCCCCCUAUGGCUAAGAAGAUCCGUUUCAUCCAGAGAGUCGGCCUGGAGGAGGAUAUCGGCACUGAGGAUAGCAACGAUGCAGAAGCUGAAGCUCCGGAAGUUACACUGGAAGCCCCAGAUGCUAGUGAGGAGGGCUACAGUGUAUUAGGUGUAGAAGAGACCCUGUCUCAGUCUGUUCCCUUGGAUCAAGUGAGCGAGUCUCAAGAAUCAACCUACGAGCACAGGCACGAUGUCAUCGUCAUCGAGACAGACAGCAACAGUGAGGAAGAGGGGGGUGUAGCAGAGGCUGGACAGCAGUAUGGAGAGGAAGAGGAGGAUGAGGAGGAGGAUGAAGACGAGGAGGGAGCGAUGGCGGAGGGAGAGGAGAGUAACGAAGGCAGUGGAGAUGUCAAUGAGCCAUUUGAGGGCGAGGACACAGAGACAGCUGAGGCCACCGAGCCAGGCACUGAGAAUGAGGAGAGUCAGGGAGCUUCGGAUUCCACCCAGAAACAUGCGGAUUCUCAGAGCAGUGGUGAAGCAAGCAUCAGCACCAUGGAGCCAACUCCUGCAGUUGAGCCUGUGAGGGAGGUGCAGCCUUCCCCCAGCACGACUGGUACCUCCAGCAGCUCCCUGUCCUCCCAGGGACCCCGACUGCCCCAGUCACCUCGCAGACCGCAUCAGACACCCCCACCUCGCCUCAACAUCCACCCCGUCCCUGAGCUCGGGCCCCCACUCAUACAGCAGAGGCAGUCAGGCCAGACUAGACGCCCAUCGACGAGCCGUGUACCCCAACUCACGCCUGGGAUAGGAAGCAUGCAGCAGCACUUCUUUGAUGAUGAUGAUCGUAUGGUUCCUAGCACUCCCACUCUAGUGGUCCCUCAUCGUAAUGAUGGCUUUGCUGAGGCGAUUCAUUCUCCUCAGGUUGCUGGAGUCCCUCGAUUCCGUUUCGGUCCUCCAGAGGACAUGAUUCCUCAGACGAGCUCUUCCCACUCUGAUCUGGGUCAGCUGGCAUCUCAGGGUGGUUUGGGCAUGUAUGAGAGUCCUCUCUUUCUGGCUGCUCAUGAUGAAGAGUCUGGAGGCAGGAGUGUUCCCACCACCCCUCUGCAGGUUGCCGCUCCAGUGAGUGUUUUUGCUGAGAGUCAGCCUUCCGACGUGGCCGAGCCAGCCUCACAGUCCGUCCCGAUGGUCAGCACGUCCACGGCAGCCAUGACCGGACCUGGAGAAGCUGUUCCUGGGGAUGAUGCUGAUGAUGUCUUUAUGGCAGAAGCGGAAAGUGAAGGAACGAGUGGUGAGGCAUCGUUGGAGAGCCAGUCUGAGCUGGAACCUGCUCAGCCUUCUGAUGACGCAAGCCUGCCUUCCACCAGCCAAGAGCCAACCUCCAGCUCUGCUCCAGACACUAGCAGCAGCCAGCAGCCCAGACCUGCAGACAGAGCUCGCAGAGAGAGUGCCCAGCCCCCACGUAGAGCCCAGCUUAUCAGGAGAGGUAUAGGCUAUCCUCGUGGUGGCCGUGGCCGAGGGUUCAACAGAGGCACGCCGUUCUAACAUCUCUACUAGUUGUGAAAUCUCCCAUUUUUCAGCCAAACAUGUUUAAAGAAAUACAGCUACAAAUUCAGUGCAACAGUUUUCUUUUGUACAUAUAAAUUUUAUGUUCUGUAGUUAGCUUCAGUUUGCUUAAUUAUGAUUUCAAAUUGCUAUUUUGUACUUUAUGAAUGAUGUUCAAUGUUUUGCUAAUAAUGAAUAAAGCUGUUCAGUGUUUUUGCUAAUAAAAAGUGGCUUGCUGAUGA